CGCAGAUGGCUCUGCUGCUGCUGCCGUGGCCGCUUCCGGAGCUGCGCCACCUCCACCGGCUCUCCCGCAACGUGUCGGUCUUUUACGCGCUCGAGGUGUUUGUGCUGGUCGUGCCGCUGCUCGACAUGACCAUCUCCGACCUCGCCAACGGCAUGCUCACGCCGGCGAAUUUCCCGCUCUGCGGCGACCUCGACGCGCGGUACGGCGGGCCCUGCUUGGAGCUUGGGGUUGAGAAGCGCGUCGGGUACUACUAUAUGGCCGCCUCGGUCUUUCUCUACUUCCUCUCGGGCAUCGACGGCUCUCUGGUUCACAAGCGGAUCCACCGCCUCCUCCACCCAUACGACGACCCGCCGCCCACACUGCAUUGCGUCUGCGGCCGGCCGCCCCCUCGGUACAAGCGCAGCCGCAAGCCAGCGGCGCUGGCCCGGGGUCUCCGGGCCUGAGCCUGCCCGCAGUCCUACCAGCGGCAUCUUGCCGCCGAGACGAUCCGUUGUCUCCCGUACAGUUUUGAGAUGUGAUUGUGCACAAGAGAGUUGUCAGGCGGGCGCUGGUCAUCGCGAUCCGGUCGAGGCCCCGCCCGCGCGCGCUCUCGUGGGAACCUCUCCCCGUUUGGCCUGUUCGGAUAUUCGAGUGCGUCUGGCCGGUGUUACUGCGGUCGUGACGUCAGCGGGCAGGCGCGCGACUAUUAGAGGCGUGACGGCGAGAUACGCCGCGCUCAUGCGGUGUGUGUGGGUCACGGCAACCCUGUCUUAUGUAUUUCUUAUUUGUACUGUACUGUGCG